AUAAAAGACAUAUUGUCAUAUUUUAAAAGUAGAUUGCUAAAUUUAUAGAAAAAUGAGGUCGCUCCCAUAUUUUGCGAUUUUGCUACUAUGUGUGCAAAAUUUAACCGCUCAAGUGUAUAUUCCAGCUCAAAUACUGAUACCACCAACUCAUAACUGGACCCAUCCAAAUCACUGGAACAACACUCCGAAUAGUAACAAUCCUGGAUGGUUGCCAAAUCAUGGGAAUAACAGCAGGCCAGGGUGGAAUCCUCCAAAUUCGAAUUAUGGAUGGAACAAUAGAACAAACAUUACAAAUUCGACGCAAGAUGGACACCUAUUUGUUGGAAAUAUCCAAUUCAUGGAUAGACUUCUUUAUAACCAAGUGUUCUACAAGCCAAGUCGCUGGUGGACGUCCAGAGAGAAAAUAAUCGAAUACCCAAAGGACCUGCCGGCAGGAUACGCGCGACACGACACCAUCAACGCUAUUAGGAUCUACAACCAGUUCGUCGAUGGAAACACGGCCCGAGCCUUGAUUCUCUCAGGGGGCAUCGGAAGGCAGUACGUCAAAAUACGAUUGCAAUCUAACUGGGGAAAAGGAUUCAAGUAUCUCGUUCAGAUCUACGGACAUUAAAUGAAGGGGUACGAGAACAGAAAAACGAAUACUUUAUGACUAUAGAAACUCAGAUCCAGCGAAUAAAAGAAACUUAUGCAUGAACGUUCCAUGUUACUUAUUAGAUACAUUAAAUAAUUUAAUACUACUUAUUAGAUAUAUACAAAUAAAUGUUAAAAUAAAAUAAAUAAAUUAAAAUGCACUUGCAUAUUUCAUAAACAAAAAUUGUAGUAAUGCAUUACAUGUAUAUUAUGCAUUAAGAUUGAUAAAGGACAUUUUAGCCACGAGUUUA